UAUUUGUGUGAUCCUUUUCGGGGGAAGUUGUGAUCUUGUAUCUUAAAAAAUUUCGGCUGAGAACUGUGCUCUCGAUUCGAUUCCGGCCUCCAUUGAGGCGGGUGUGGGUGCAUCGUGGUCCGGAAUUGAUUUUUAUUUGCUCAAGUGAUAUCUGAUCAAGAGAGUCCGCGACUGUUCGAGUGUUGCAUACAUUUCCUCGGUACUUUUACAUAAUAUCCCACAACCAAUUGCGGGCGUCCUGUUCGAACGCAUCGGCCUUUGAGCCGGGGUGGUGUUUUUAAAUCAUUCAACGUCGAAAGAAGAGACAAAGUGAGUUCUUAAAGGACAAGCACAUAGUGAUACAAUUGUAAAAAAAAUAGUGGACAGUGAUUUCAAAAGAGUGUAUAAAAAACAAAUAUCGAAGGAAGUUUCUGGCAAAGAAGAUGAGUCUCAAGCUGGACCCCAACAACGAUCUGGCGAUGGUGGAGGAGAAACCCAGCGGCAACACUCCGGUGAUGGAGUUCUACAGCGGGAAGAACGUUCUGAUCACCGGGGGGACCGGAUUUAUUGGGCGGCUGCUCAUCGAGAAGCUGUUGAGAAUCAACGUCCGUCAGAUCAUCCUGCUGUCGCGACCGAAGAAGGGCAAAAACGUGCAGCAACGAUGUGACGAACUGUUUGGCAGCGUGGUGUUCAUGAAUCUCAAGAAAGACUAUCCGACCUUCAUGGACCGAGUGAAGAUUUUGGAUGCGGAUCUACAGCUCCCGCGGGUUGGCCUAUCGGAUGAUUCCAUCGACUACAUCGUCAAAAACACACAGAUCGUAUUCCACGCCGCUUCCGAUGUACGGUUCGAUCAGGCCUUGAAAAAAGCCAUCGAGGUCAAUGUGAGAGGAACGCGAGACCUUCUCAGAAUAUGUGAAAAAAUUAUGAACUUGGAGGUAUUCAUCUACAUUUCAACGGCUUACUCGAACUGUCCAAACGAAACAAUCCGGGAGGAAUUCUACACGCCACCGUCGGAUCCGGAGAAGAUGAUCCAACUGGUGGAGGUAAUGGACGAACAUUUUGAGGAGCACAUGAACAAGACUGUCAACGAUUUCAUCGCCCCGUGGCCCAAUACCUAUGUCUACACCAAGGCCCUGACCGAGGACAUCGUGCGGCAAUUUGGGGAACGGAUGCCAGUUGGUGUCCUGCGGCCAUCGAUCAUCAUUGCAACUAACGAAGAACCAAUCAGUGGAUGGACUGAUAAUAUCUACGGCUUAAAUGGAGUCAUUGCUGGAAUCGCUCUGGGAAUUAUUCGUGUGAUGAAUGUUGCUGACAAUAAUGCAGCUGAUAUCAUUCCGGCCGAUACAGUUGUCAAUGGAGUUUUGGCCGCCUGUUGGGAAACUUACUUGGAAAGGAAAACGGAAUCAUUCGUUGAAAUUAAAGAUGCCAACAGCAACGUGGAAACGAUACCCAAGGCAAGAACCAAAAUUUACAACUGUGUUACGGGAGACGAUAAUCCAAUUUCGUAUCAACGCAUCUACGACUACUCCAUUGAGGUGGGGAGACAUUGCCCGGCUAAGCGAUCGCUUUGGAUUGUCUGCCACAAUACCACCACCAACAGGUUUAUGUACGAAUAUAUGAAAUUCCUGUACCAUCUAGUGCCCGCCUUCCUGAUCGAUACCUAUCUGCGACUGAUCGGAAGGACCCCACGAGUGAUGGACCUGUACAGAAAAGUUCACAAAUUCGCCGCCGUCAUUUCGUACUUCGCUAAUGGAAAAUGGAAUUUCGAGAAGAGCAACAUGAGAUCACUGAUUGAACAUCUAACACCCGAAGAUCAAGUAAUGUUCCCCUGUGAUGUGAGCAAGUUGGUGUGGCCGGACUUCUUCUGGAACUACAUCCACGGACUGCGGAGGCACAUCGCUAAUGAACCCAAUGACAACAUGGAUGAAGCCCGAAAACGCCAUAAAAAACUGCAGAUCAUCCAUUACUUCAUCGUGGCCGGAUACUAUCUAUUUUGGAUAGGUCUAGCCUAUCUUCUGUUCAAAUGGAUGCUGUUCUAGGACCUUGCGCUUGUUUGUUACAAAACUGCUCAGUCGGAUUCGUUCGGAUUUAAAAGAACUUACUACUGAAUCCAGCCGCUUUUUGGUGAGAUUUGGCUUUGGCUGUUUUUUUGUUUUGGUCUUCCUGAAGAUGAUAUUCUGAUGUGAAUCUCUCAUCGAAGCUGCUGGAACUCAUGCUCAAUUUUAGAAACCGUACAAAGAAACGACCCGAGAAGAAGCUUUAAUGGGCACUUGUACAUUUUAUCAGCUGCUGUAGCCUUAAGCCUUUUUCCCUGAUUUCCCUUGCUAGUUUGUAAGUUUAAGUUUACCAAGGUGUUGAUGAGCUACCCUACUUACUUAUGUACUUAUGUAUACAUGUAAGGUUUACUUCUUCCGAAACUUGCUUCGGCCGGACCAGUCGAAUCUUGAUGUAAUAAAUGUUAAAUUAUUAUUAUUUUUUCCAAGAA